CAAGCCCGCAGAGCCUCUUUAACGCAUCCAGUGGAUAUGACAAACCAGAGGCGCUCCACGGGCCAGCGUGUCAAAUAAUAACAAUAAUCAUGGGCUUUAGCGACAGCAGCUCGUCCGAAACUCACACCCUCACACACUAACGAGGCAUCUCGGGGCCGUUUUGCGGGUCUGCGGACGCCUCAAAGUUGGAGCGUGCUCGCCCAAAUGGACGUCGAUGGACUGGAAUGAAACCUCCACUUCUUCUGUCGGACUGAAGGAAGGAGGCAAAGAAACCUCUGCAUGUUCAAGUUUCCUGCUCCAACCAGAGGGGCAUCGGUGCGUGCGUGUUGGAUGUGUGUGUGGAAGCGUGUGUCGGGUGCGUGUGUGUGCGCGCCCGCAGGAGCAGCAGCAGCAGCAGGAGCAGCAGCGGCGGCGGUGGCGGCGGCGGCCGCGGGAAGGGAAGUUUAGCGCCGUGAUUUGUCUUCUGUCCAUCUAUUCUGUUGUGUUUUUCAUGUCACAGCAGGGGACAGGCGGAUUAACCUGAUGAAAAUUAAUCAUCUGUGGAGAGGCUCUGUGAUCGUGACUAUGAUGAUGAUGUCGAGUAAGAGCGUGGAGUGGCUGCAGGAGGAGCUGGAGUCCGGGGCCAGCUCUCUGCUGCUGCUGGACUGCAGACCCCAUGAGCUGUACGAGUCCUCGCACAUCGAGUCGGCCAUCAACCUGGCCAUCCCGGGCCUCAUGCUCCGGAGGCUGAAGAAGGGCAACCUCCCCAUCCGAUCCAUCAUCCCCAACAACGAGGACAAGGAGAAAUUUGUCAAGCGGUGCAAGACGGACGUGGUGGUUCUGUACGACGAGGCGACCUCGGAGCGGCAGGAGUCCGGGCUGGGGAGCUCCGUGCUGGGGCUGCUCCUGCAGAAACUGCGGGACGACGGCUGCAAAGCUUUCUACCUGGAGGGGGGCUUCAACAAGUUCCAGUCCGAGUACCCCGAGCACUGCGAGACCAAUCUGGACUGCUCCUGUCCCAGCAGCUCCCCACCAGCCUCCGUCCUCGGUCUGGGAGGACUCCGCAUCAGCUCCGACUGCUCGGACGGGGAAUCUGACCGUGAGCCGGGCAGCGCCACAGAGUCGGAGGGCAGCCCGCUCCCCAACAACCAGCCAGCAUUUCCCGUCCAGAUCCUGCCGUACCUUUACCUGGGCUGUGCCAAAGACUCCACCAACCUGGAUGUGCUCAGCAAGUACAACAUCAAAUACAUCCUCAACGUGACGCCCAACCUGCCCAACAUGUUCGAACACGAAGGCGACUUCAAGUACAAACAGAUCCCCAUCUCUGAUCACUGGAGCCAGAACCUCUCGCAGUUUUUCCCUGAGGCCAUUUCAUUCAUCGAUGAGGCGCGCUCAAAAAAGUGCGGCAUCCUGGUGCACUGUCUGGCCGGGAUCAGCCGCUCGGUGACCGUCACGGUGGCCUACCUGAUGCAGAAGCUCAACCUGUCGCUCAACGACGCCUACGACUUUGUUAAGCGGAAAAAGUCUAACAUUUCCCCAAAUUUCAACUUCAUGGGCCAGCUCCUGGACUUUGAGCGGACGCUGGGCCUCAACAGCCCCUGCGACAACCACUCGACCUCCCCGCCUCAUGACCAGCUCUUCUUCACCACCCCGACCAAUCACAAUGUGUUUCAACUGGACACACUGGAGUCCACAUGAAAGUUAAAAUGGGGACUGUCCCUUUUUUGGGGUUCGAAAGGUGGUGUUGUUGCCACAGUAACAAGCGGCUGCACUGGAGGGAAGCAGCCAGUUUAAUGAAUGUUUUAGCCUCCCGAGGCUCGUUGUCUGAGAGCCUGGCCAUGGAGCAGCGUCGGAGGGGCAGGGGAGGUCAAAGAUGCCACGUUAAAAAGGGGACGGGGUGUUUUUUUAACCCAGAAGGGGAACUGACAGAUAUGUUUACGAUGGCGUCCUCCUCAGGAGUUGAUUGAAAUCGAGGGAGGAAGAGCCCCGUUCAACUUGUCUUGUAACGGAGAACCAAGGAGACUUAACUGACUGAGACACUGAGCGAAGGACGCAGCAGGACAGACAGCUUCAUACAAAGAUAGGAAAAAUCUACAGCGCUCGACUUAUGAGAUAACAACAUCCUCUCUGUCUUUCUAACUCGGCUUGCGAGCUGAGCUGACUGGUGCCAAGUGGAGAAUCUGGGAUUUACUUGUAGGAAAUCUCGCUCUACUGAAUGUAGAGUUUUACAAACCAAGGAAUUAACACAUGUGCGCGCGCACACACACACACACAUAAACAAAGUAUGUAUGUUUGUCUGUACUGUAUGUAUGUUAACGUACAUAGCAGAAAAUGUAUGGGCAGUCCUUAACAAAUUCAGUAUGUCUAUAUGCAUUUUUGUAUAUUUUUGUGUACAUUUACGCACAAAUCUAUACCUUAUAUAAAUAUAUACGCAUAGAAAUCUUAUCUAUCCAAUCCAACAAUGGCUUAAGAGAUUGUAAAAUUAAAGAAGGAGAAUGGGUGUGGCGGCGCCAACAAAGAGGAACGUUGUGAUAUUCCUAGUUGUCUUUUUUUUUAGUUUCGUUUUUCUUUUAGGUUUGUAAUGACCUAAUGCAGUUUGCACAGUGGUGUAGCCAUUGACUUGUUGGCACUCGGAGCCGGUGCUGGAAGCAGGCAGAUAAAGGGACAUUCAGAGAAGAGGAGCGGAGAGGAGAGGCCAGUCCCAGGCUGCGACGAGUCCCAACAGCUGCACAGCGGAGUGGGGAGGGAGCAGGAACUGGCCCCCGAGCAGAGGACGAGGUUCAGGGGUUAGGGGUUAAGACAAGCAAUGGGUCGGACAUUGGCAUGGGGGUUGGGUGUUGGUGAAGCAGCUACAGUAGAGUUGACAUUUGGCCAAGUACAAGUUCCCAAUUCCUACUUCCUUCCCCAGUAUGACUGUUCAUCCAGUUGCCUUAUAAGAAGUACCAGUUGUUUCCACCAGCUGUUUUGAUUAGUUGUUUCUUUUCAGUUCGAAACUAAUCUACCGAACUUCCUUCAUUAUUUCAUCACAGGAUAUUGUCCGACCAGUAUGUUUGCCAAACUGGUUCCUCGCAGCUCUGUUUUUUGUACUCUGAGGCUUGAAUGAGAAGUCGUUUGAGGAUGCAAAGGCAACAUUUCUGAGCAACUUUUUGGGCAGCUUAUCAUAGCAACCUCGGGCAAAGGAAGUGCCUCAACACUCUUGUAUUACCUUACUUCUUUUUGCCUAAGAGGAAGUUGUUCAAUUUGUUGUCCUAUCUUAGGUCCCUUUUAGGAUACAGGUACAAAUUUGCCAAAAAAUGGACUCUGGGACAAGAGGCUGUGAUUAUACUGGUCUCUGUGUUGGGAUUAUGGUGUCAUGAACUGGGACUGGCCUCAGCUACAGACUGCACUUAGCUACUUCAAUAGCUUCACGUCCCUUAACUGCGUUGGAGAAAACGGGAGGAAUGUCUUUCUGUAAAGGGAUCACCCAUUUCGUCAAGGAAAAGUUUGUCUGAGUGGAUUCACCCUUAAGCCUUGGGUAUAUGAAAGAUAUAUUAAACACAAAUUGAUAUAAAUAUAUAUAUUAGAGCUAAUAGUAAACAGAUCUAUAUUAUUUUGUAUACCUGAGCAUGCUGUGGUACUGUAUGCUCUCUAACAGUAGAAGUAACCACGGGUUGGGAUGUUGCUUUAAAAAGGUGGGAAGACGAACGAUGAGGUCUGUUUUUUUAACUGCUGUUGCUGCUGAACACAGCGGUAUACAGCGUGUGGUCAAAGAGUUUUCUGAGAUCCUGUCCACAUCAGAAGUAUCUUUAAGAGAGAGUCCAAAAACGUGCAAAUUUCCUUCUGCUGCAGGAGUUGUCUGUUAAAUAUAAGUUUUUCUGUCAUGAGUGUAACAACACUGCAGCACUUGUGGCAAUGACUGUGGGUAGGUUGGUGUCAUGCAAGAACAUUUUAAUUUUUUCUUACUCUUAAUCUCUUACUUUUUCUGUAAGGGUUGCUUUUAUGAGUGUUUUAGGUCAGAUUCAGCUUGUAAUAUGCAGAAACAUUACAUAAAUCUCUCGUUUCAACCUAAUUAUUGCCACCUCAAUUUCGAGAACCCAUUGGCUAUCCGUGUGACAACGUUUUAACCUCUGGGGACAAUGGCCAAAAUUUCAGGGGUUGCAGUGUAGCCAGCGGUCAUCCAAGACAUCCUUGUCUGUGUACCGUCACUGUUUACAGUCCGAUUAGCAAUCUGGAACCCACCAGCCAUCGGUCUGAUGAUAAUAUCUCUACAGAUUUUUAAGCUAAAUUUUUAAAAGCUAAAAAAAUAAAGCUAUAUCAAGGUCAGACGAUAGCCAUUGGGUUCCUAGAUUGCAUUUCGGCCAAUGUAUUCUGCCUCUUUUGCUCUCCACACAAACUGUUUACCUGCAUUUAACCAAAGUCCACUCAAAUGUGAUUUGUCAAUGCUACUCUGACUACUAACAGACACACUUCUGAUACCAAAAUCUUGCCUGUUGCCUACAAAUCCUGCAUUUUUGUGCAGAUUUCUGUUUAUAGAGAUUAUUGCCACCUGUUCAAGAGGAUGUGCACAUCUGUGAGUUGUAAUUGUUCGCAUAAUUGCUGCUUUAAAUUGCUUUCUAAGGCUGCCCGUUCAGCUCCAUUUGUAGUACAGUUUCAUUCACAAAAAUAUAAAAGGAAGAAUUAAUCAGACAUAACAUUUAGUUGUUGCAGUGGUCUUAUAAGAAAUUUUUAAAAAAAAUAUAUGCUACAGUGUCAUCACAGACAUUCUUUGACAGAAAUAAAGCAGGAACCUUGAUAUGAAAUCAGAUGCUAAAAAAAGCAUCUUGACAUUGGAAACACAGCUACAUUCAGCCGUUCUCUGUAACUGCGUAUCCUGUUCGGGGUCAUUGGAGGGCUAGAGUUGAUCCCAGCUGACACUGGGCAAGAAGUAAGGGACACCCUGGACAGGUCACCAGACUAUCAGAGGGCUGACACAUAGACAGCCAUUCAUGAGAACCACAGCUGCUUUUAUUUUUAUUUGCACCGUUUCAAGCAACUGCAUAUCCUCCUCUGACCUGUUAGUCUGGGACAGACCUGUAGUUGGUUGAAAUAUUGCUGUUAAAACUAAAAGUAAAAUGUAGAAAAUAAGUUCUCUUAUAAAUCACCUGCAUGUGAUGCUGAAGAAUGAAUCUGUUUGUAUGAAUGGUUCUUGCAUGAGGCCCAUUGUUCAUAGUGAGUUUCAGAGGUUUGGUUUCAGAGCGGUGAUGUGGACGGGGUCUAACCAGAAACACAGAACUGGGUUUCAAAGGGGACAGCAGUUGAAUCUGAACAGGGUUGGUUUUAGCUGGCCUUAUAUAAUCUUUCUAACUUGUUUCUAAUGCUGACUGUUCAAUACUUUGUAUCUCACUUUAGAAAAACAUUGUGUAAAAAGAAAAAGUGAAACGUUUGUUUAUCUGUUAUUUGAAUCAGAACAUGGUAAUAAUAGACAGCGAGCUGUCUUUUUUACCGUUAACGGGUCACACAAGGUCCUCUUUGUUACUCUGCAAUAUAUCAAACACCUUUUUGCAGUAUUUUGUAGAUCCAAGACCUCAAAAUUUUUAAAAUCUUCUUCUUUUGUACUAUAUCUAUUCUAUUAUACUUAUACAAGAUUCAGCUCGAUAUGGCUUGUGGACUGAAGUAACAUUUCACCUGGGGUGUCCAAAAUGUUGGGCCGAAGUGCCCAUUAUUAACCUGAGAGAGGCCCUCAUUAACACACACACACACAAACACACACGCACAGCUUCACACAGCCAGAGCUGCUGUGGUUUAGCAUGCCAGUUAUGUUUCACAAUAGAGGAUUACACCACCCGACUUAGAAACUACAAGGUCUUUUUCCGUCUUGUUUUGAUAUAAUGUGCUCUAUGCUAUUCCUGUGGCCUUUCAAUAUGAAUAUAUAUCUAAGUAUAUAUAUGUUAUGAAUUUAUAUGCAAAAGUUCCUCUCCUAUUAUAGCAUCAGAGAUGAAAAUAAUACAACCAUGCUUGAAUGGCCUUCCCUCGUCUGUAGUCAUACCCCACUUACAAUAAGAAAAAUGACUUGAUCACUUGCACCCUAGGAUUGAAAUAUAUUUCAGUACGGAGCUUUUCUAUUUAAAAAGAGUAUGGUUGAUUUCAAGCUGCUUUCUUGUAUUUUUUGUGUCUUUGUAACAAUGAAAGAGAAAUCAAGUCUUUUUCUCUGUUUGUAAAUUUGCCAGAUCACGGGAACGGCCGUUUCUGUGUCCUUAAACUUGUAGCUACAUCUCGGUAAGAAUGUGUUCGGUGAGGGAAAGACGUUGCGUAAGCGAAGGCAGAGAGGUGGCGGCGCUAAAAUACAAAGUGAAAGAAAAAGUGAAUGAUUUUAAAAAUGUUACCUCAGUGAGGAAUUUUUCAGGGAUUUUUUUGACAAUGCAUCUUGCAUCGUGUUACAGCUUCAAACACACGUUGAAUAGCUGUUUUGUAUUGUGCUGUAAACAGUUUUUAAAAAAGAUGCAAUCUGUCUGUGUAUAAAAACAAGGGGCAUGUUAACCGGGGCAGGUUCACCUUUCUGUCUACUGAAGGAAAUACGAUUGACCCUAUGUAUUGUACAGUGUAUGGAAACAACACAAGACAUGUUUAUACCGCAAAUAAAUAUUGAAAUAUUUUUUUCUUUAA